CCUCUCAUACGCAUAGCCUCCCUCUCUCUCUCAGUCUCUCAGACAGCGGUCGAUCUCCACCCAGUGAGGCCGGUGGGUGUGGCGCUCUGGUACAGAUAAGGAGCCUCUUAACGCACUGAAAACUCUUUCAACUCCGGGCCUUUCUAUUCAAUUGAUAACGUUUCCACCGUAUCUCCGAGAUGAGCAAUCAGAUGGACGGCAGGCGAUCGGUGGCGGCGAAUCCCCGGCGGUCCUACUUCUCGGAUAUCCGAACAUUUCUCAUCGCGGAGUGUUUGCUGAUGCUGACCCAGGGCAUCAGCGGCGCUUACUUAGUCAGUAUUCUAACAACCCUGGAGAGACGAUUUGACUUACAUAGCACCGAACUAGGAGUAAUUGCAAGCAGCUUUGAGAUUGGAAACCUCAUGAUAAUUUUGUUGGUGAGCUACUUUGGUGGCAAGGGACAUAGGCCACGACUGAUUGGAUGUGGUGGGAUCAUAAUGGCGAUUGGUUCUUUAUUUUGUGCACUGCCAGAGUUUCUAAGUCAUCAAUAUCAAUAUAAGCAGGUGGAUACUUCAGUGCUGAAGGACACCUGCAUGGCAAAUCUUUCAUUGGAGGAACAGCAGUUGGCAAUAGAGAAAAAUCUCAAGACAUGUGCAGAAACAGAAACAACAAACAUGAUGUAUGUGUUGGUUAUUGUGGCUCAGGUUAUCAUUGGGGCUGGUGCAACUCCAAUUCAACCUCUCGGUGUCUCCUACAUUGAUGACCAUGUACGAAAGAGGGAUUCAUCACUUUAUAUUGGUGUCUUGUUUACCACCAUGCUGUUUGGACCUGCAUUUGGUUUCAUGCUGGGUUCCUUGUUUACAACAAUUUAUGUGGAUGCUAUCUUCAUUGACACAGCAAAAUUGGGCAUCACCCCAGAUGAUCCUCGGUGGAUUGGUGCUUGGUGGGCUGGCUUCCUCCUUUGUGCUGGACUUCUGUUCUUCUCGUCUCUGUUUAUGUUUGGCUUCCCUCAGGCCAUGCCAAAGAAACACCACACAUUAAGCAAAAGCUCACAGCAGCCCAUGCUCCCAAGUAAAAGCCACAAAGACCAGUCAAAGUUAACUGCAGAGGAAAAUAAAAAAGAAUGUAAACAAACCAGUGAAGCAACAUGCACAGAAUACCUGAGAGCAAUUCCACAAGUAACUAAGCAGCUGUUGAUGAAUCCGGUCUUCACUUGUGUCGUGUUGGCUGCCUGCAUGGAGGUUGCAGCUAUCAGUGGUUUCGCUGCUUUUCUGGGCAAGUAUCUGGAAAGCCAGUUUGGUCUCAGUGCUUCGUACGCCAACCAGUUCAUAGGAGUGACUGCUGUUCCUUGUGUGUGCCUUGGAAUUUUCCUGGGUGGCUUUAUGCUGAAGAAAAUGAGCCUAACUCCAUUGGGAGCCAUUAAAAUGACAAUGACUGUAAACAUGCUAUCAACAGCUACAUAUGUUAUGUUGCUGUUUCUGGGUUGCGAAACAGGACCGGUUGCAGGAGCAACAAUCACCUAUAUGAACGGCUCUUUCACUGGGUUCCAAAGGAAUCUAACUGUACCAUGUAACGAAAAUUGUGGCUGUACAAAAGAAACCUUCAACCCAGUCUGUGGGUCUGAUGGCAUCACCUACCUGUCCCCAUGUUUUGCAGGAUGCACUGACAAGAAUCUUACCAACUGUGCCUGUAUCAACACUGAAUUUGCCCAGAAUGCCACAGCUACGUCAGGACGAUGUCCCAGAACAAAUUGUGGAAAUGCUUUCCCAGCAUUCUUUGCAGUUGUUUGUAUAGGAAGUCUGAUAGGUGCAAUGGCACAGACUCCUUCAGUAAUGAUUCUGAUCAGGUCUGUGAAUCCUGAAUACAAAUCAUAUGCCCUUGGUGUUCAGUUUCUCAUGCUGAGAUUACUUGGUUUUAUCCCACCGCCACUUAUUUUUGGGGCUGCAAUUGAUUCUACUUGUCUCAUCUGGUCAGAAACAUGCAAUAAAAGUGGAGCAUGUGCUUUAUAUGAUAACGACUCCUACAGAUAUCUCUAUGUCAGCAUUGCCAUAGGCUUGAAGACAAUUGCCUUUAUAUUGUACACAACUACAUGGCAUUACAUAAAGAGUCAUUCCAAGAAGUAUAUUCAAGGAGAUGAGGACUCGGUUGGUCACAUGACUGCUUCAGAUCUCUUUGCAUCUACGUUAACAUUAGAUGCGGCUGCAACAGAUUCAAACAAAUCAGCUGGAAGGACAACAUUUAUCUAUCAUUUGGAAGAGAAUGAAAUGUGUGAGAACAUUGAGUCCGUUCUUUAACAUUUGUAUUGUGUGAUUGCAUCGUUUUGAAGAUAUACUUUUGUAGGAAAAAACGUUUUAAGUAACUAUUUGAAGGUUUUUAAGCAUAAGGAUACAUUGAAAGUCACUGGCCUUUUAAAAGAUUUUUAUUAUUCUCUUUGUAGUUAAAAUUACAGCAAUAGAUAAGGUUUUUCAUGAUUCUGUAUGAUUCACACCAAAUCAGCAAUACAGAAAUACAUAGAAUUAGUGUCAAGAACUGGCAGAUCCAGGUUAGAAUAAGUGGUAGGCCCAAGAGGUCAGUUGAAAAAAAAUUCUAUUUAAGUAGCUUUUGUGCUUUUAUAAGCACCUUAUUUUGCAUUUUCUGUGGUGGUAUAAUACAUGCUACAUAUUGUAACAAUAUAAAUACCAUCCUGUAGCAUGUAAACUAUACGAAAGUGAUAUGUUUCUAAGAAAUUCAAGAUCUGGUUCUAAUCUUGGGUUUAUCCUAUUCAAACUAGUACUUCAAAGCCUGGAUUUCAGAAUGUCACUUUCCCCACAGAGCCCACAUUAGCAAAUAGUAUAAAGCUGCUAAUUAUUUUCGCCUCUGCUUUCCAAUGUUUAUCAAAUAUUUUUAUUUAGUUUAAUAUUACAGCCAUCUUGCAUAUUCACAACACUGGUAUUUCAUGUUGCCUGUGAUAUGACUUGAACUGGAACAUUUAUUCUUUCAGGUUAUUUUAAAGCAAUGCUCUCUAUAUCAUUCAAACUAUUUGAGUCCAUUCACAAAUAGAGACUUUGCUUGUUCUUAUCGCAUCCAGUACUGUCACAAAAGUUGGUGCUGCUAAGAAGCCAGAGUCAUAAUGCCAAAUGGUGCCUCAGGUCAUAAACAAAAUGGAUGACACACCAAUUAUUUAUUGUAAAUGAUAACUAUUAUUCAUUUUCUUAUCUGAAAUUUAGAAAAAGAUUGCAGUAAACAGACAAAGAUGAUUCCUACUGUAUGAAUACAAUCAUCUUGGUUUCCUUUAAAUUGAAGGGCAGGUUUGUGGUGCAGGGAACACCCUUUCGACACUGUUGGUGUUUAGAACAAACUUGAUUGUUUCAGGCACCUCCUUCUCUCCCUGAAUCCUUGGUGGAAUGACAUCAUGCUUUUAAAGCACAAGAUCUUUGCUUAGCAACAACUUAAGGUUGCUAAUUCACAGUUACAGCAGGUAAUGGUUGCUUUAUCAGCUGUAUUGCGUAUCAACAAUAAGUAUAAACACAGUUUUGACAUGGGUGUUUCUAAUUGGGUGAUGAUUGCACAAUUUAUAAAAAAAUCUGACACCAGGCAAUUUUUCCCUCUCCUGUAGAAUUCAUAUUCACCCCACACUGUUGUGGAGUUUCAGGUGCUACUGUGCUAACUGUAAAAUGUGCUGCACAAUUUGCACCUACUAUGAAACUGUAUAACAUGGUUCAGUGAUGCUAUUUAACAUGGUAAUGGUUGUGAAAAUGAAAAAGCCACGUGUAUUAUUCAUACCACUCUUUACCUUAGUAAUUGUAAAUUUUAAUAUUCCAUUUUUUCUACAGCUGGAACAUUAAGGAUACUGGUGUAUGUUCUGUUGAAUCCAAUUGGUUUGUAUUAUUUAUAUAAUGCUUUUUAUCAUAGAAUUUUAAAAUAAUAAUUGCAUCAGACUUUUGUAAAGCUGAUAACUGAUUCCAGUGUUGUUUCCUUUGCAGAAUGUGUAUUUUGUAGUCUGAAGUAGUAUUGCAGAACGAAACAUGUAUAUUGUGUGUUAUGUGUUAAUGCCAAUAAGCCCAUCCAAAUGUAAAUUUAUUAUCAAAUGAUAAACUUAUAUUUAAUAUA